AUGAAGCCGAUUAUUUUGUUGUCCUUUCUAUUGACGUCUUGCCUAGCCUUGCCUCACGGUUUUAAGGUCAAGCCUGGUUAUACUCUACUCUCCGCCCCGGCCACUGUUUCCCUGUCAGGUGAAGGAAAAGUGGAAGGUUAUAGUGUAGAAACAGGAAUCACUCAUGGAGGAGCAAUUAUCCCUGGAGGAACUAUUACUUAUAGAGCCCUUGCUGGAAAACCACUGGAAGGUGAAGCCCAAGCUACAGGCUAUACAGUUAAAAGUGAAGGAGUAGCAAGUCCUAUUGACAUUGGAUAUACUGUCUAUGGUCCAGCUGCUAUAGCACUAAAAGGAGCAGAAGUUAAAGGUCAUGCCUACACAACGAAUGUUGCUCAUGGACGUGUGGUGGCUGCUCCUGCUGGGUAUGCAUUUCCUGGACCAGAUGCUGUUGUAGUUGAAGGAGGUGAGGUCAAAGGUCAUGAAUAUUCCACUGAAGUUGCUCAUGGAACUGCUGCAGCUGGUCCUUUAGAUGUUGGAUAUACUGUUCAAGGGCUAGGAACUGAUGUAUUUGUAGGUGGUGAAAUCAAAGGUCAUGCUUAUUCAACCAAUGUUGCUCAUAGUACUGGCAUUGAUGUUCCUGCUGCUGUUGCUGUUGAAAAUACCCCUUUUAGUGGAUACUCCUAUGCUAGUGAUGUAAGUCAUGGAGCUGCUGCUGCUUUUGCUGUAGGUGGUCCAGUUGCUGUUAAAGGAGACCCAAUCAGUGGAUACUCUUAUGCCAGUGAAGUAGGCCAUGGAGGUGCUGCCCCUGUUGCUGUAGGAAUUGGUGGUCCAGUUGCUGUUGAAGGUGAUCCCAUCAGUGGAUUCUCUUAUGCAAGUGAAGUAAGCCAUGGAGAUGCUGCCCCUGUUGCUGCUGCCCUUGGUGGUCCAGUUGCUGUUGAAGGUCAACCCAUUAGUGGAUUCUCUUAUGCCAGUGAAGUAAGCCAUGGAGAUGCUGCCCCUGCUGCUGUAGGCAUUGGUGGUCCAGUUGCUGUUGAAGGUCAACCCAUUAGUGGAUUCUCUUAUGCCAGUGAAGUAGCUCAUGGAGCUGCUUCCCCUGCUGCUGCUACCCUUGAAGGUCCAGUUGCUGUUGAAGGUCACCCCAUUAACGGAUACUCUUAUGCUAGUGAAGUAACCCAUGGCACUGCUGUCCCUGCUGCUGUUGGUGAUCCAGCUGCUGUUGCUGUUAAAGGUGUUCCCAUCAAUGGAUACUCAUAUUCCAGUGAAGUAGGACAUGGAGUUGCUGCCCAUGAUGCACUUGCUGUUGAAGACCCAUCUUUGAUAGGUUAUUCUUAUUCUUCUAAAGUUGGGCAUGAUGCAGGUGCCAUUGCUGUUGGAGGUGUUGGUUCUAUUGCUAUUGGAACCCCUGGAGCAAUUACUGUUGAUCAACCCGCUGUGAGUGAUUAUUCCUAUUCUUCUGAAGUCGGACAUGCUGAUGGAGUUGCAGUUGCUGGCCCUGUUGCAUAUGGUGUUGGUGUGAGUUCUGUUGCUGGACCUGCUGUGAAGGGUUAUUCAUAUUCUUCUGAAGUUGGACAUGCUGAUGGAGUUGCAAUUGCUGGCCCUGUUGCAUAUGGUGUUGGUGUGAGUUCUGUUGCUGGACCUGAUGUGAAGGGUUAUUCAUAUUCUUCUGAAGUUGGACAUGCUGGUGGACUUGCAGUCGCUGGCCCUGUUGCAUAUGGUGUUGGUGUGAGUUCUGUUGCUGGACCUGCUGUGAAGGGUUAUUCAUAUUCUUCUGAAGUUGGACAUGCUGAUGGAGUUGCAGUUGCUGGCCCUGCAUAUGGUAUUCGUGGUGUUGGAGCAACUGUUGCUGUUGGUCCUGCUGUGAAUCGUUAUUCCUAUUCUUCUGAUGUUGGAGCUGUUGGUGGUGUAGCUGUAGCUGAGCCUGCUGCGUAUGCUGUUAAGAGUGGAGCACUUGACGGAUUUUCCUACAGCAGUGAUAUCCCAGUUCCUCACGUUUCAGCCAUUACAGGCCCUAUUUUUGCCAGAGGCUUGUCUUCUUACGUAGCCGAAAAUGUUCCUGUCGAUGCUUUAUCCCUACGAAAGUCUAUUGAAGUCCAUUAAGAAAGACUAAAUUUAUUUUCAUCACCCAAAACUGUGAACUGAUCUAACAAAUAGCAGCUAAUAGAAUAACAUAUAAUAUUAGCGUUUUUACGCUGAAAAAUGUUGCUACAGUGUGUCCUAAAUGAAAUGCUUUAAUAACUAAAUCUACCUGCCUUCUACAGUCUUCAGAAAUCGCAAAUGAAAUUCACUUAUGAACCUCUCUUGUGUAAAAGCCUAUUGUAUAAAAUAUUUCCUUGUUUAAUUUGU